UUCUUGAAGGGCAUGGAAGAGGCCAGCGGGUUCUUGCCCAGAAAGAACGUGUUGGAAGAGUAUGUGCUGGUGGAUCAAAGCAGUAACCACAGGAGGCUCAAGAAGAGGCAUAACAGGGAGGGACAUCUUGAAGAGGAGGAGGUAGGCAGGCCCAGCAAAGCUGUGAUGAUGGUGGUGGAGCCGGAGCAGAUUGGCGCUCGUGAGAUGUUCAACGAAAUGACGCUGAAUGGGUUAUACGAGACAAGCAUCAGAGACAUGGAGAAGCUGCAGAUCACCGUGGCCAAUGAGGCGGAGAAGAAGAGGAAGAGUGGUAGCAAGGCGGUGCGUGAUGUGGUGGAUCUACGCACCAUGUUGAUUUUUUGUGCGCAGGCGGUGGCCGCCAACAAUCACACGAGUGCAAGAGAGAUGCUGAAGCAGAUCAAACAGCACGCAUCGGCAACAGGGGAUGCCACACAGAGGUUAGCUCAAUGCUUCGCCAAGGGCUUGGAAGCACGGCUAGCAGGCACCGGGAGCCAGCUUCGGCAGUUGCUCAUGGCGGAGCGCCUCUCAGUCGUGGAGUUCCUCAAGGCCUACAAGCUGUACAUGGCAGCCUCCUGCUUCGACAAGGCGGCGCUCAUUUUUAGCAUUAUGACCAUUGAGCAGGCCAUGAUCGGGAAGAGUAAGGUGCACUUUGUGGAUUAUGGCUUGAAUUAUGGGUUGCACUGCGCAGGGUUGCUACGCUGGCUGGCAAAUAGGGAAGGUGGCCCGCCAGAGGUGAAGAUCACCGCUGUAGGCCACCCCCAGCCCAGGUCCUGUUCAGCUGAGCCAACUGAGGAGACAGGGCGCCGGCUUAGCAAGUGUGCCCAUGCGUUUGGUGUCCCAUUCAAAUUCCAUGCCAUCACGGCGAAGUGGGAGGCAGUUUGCAUCGAUGACUUGAACACAGACGCCGAUGAGGUGCUCGUCGUGAACGAUCUCUUCAAUUUCACUACCUUGAUGGACGAGAGCAUCUUCUUUGAUAACCCAAACCCCAGGGAUACUGUCCUCAAGAACAUCAGCAAGAUGCGUCCAGAUGUCUUCAUCCAGAGCAUCGUGAAUUGCUCGUAUGGUGCGUCCUUCUUGACACGGUUCCGGGAGGCGCUGUUCUAUCACACGGCAAUGUUUGACAUGUUUGAUGCAACCACCCCACGGGAGAGUGAGCCACGGCUGUUGCUGGAGCAGGGCUUGUUUGGCGGUUGUGCGCUGAAUGCAAUCGCCUGCGAGGGUGUGGACCUGAUGGACCGCCCCGAGAAGUACAGGCAGUGGCAGGUGAGAAACCUACGGGCCGGCCUGAGGCAGCUGCCAUUGAAUCCAAACAUUGUCAAGGUAGUGAGGGACAAGGUCAGGGCGUGUCACCACAAGGACUUUUUGCUCAGCAAGGAAGACCAAUGGCUACUACAGGGGUGGAUGGGGCGCAUCCUCUUUGCCCACUCAACAUGGGUGGCCCAAGAUGCUUCCUCUGAGUGA